AUGGCUUCCAAGGAUGAAUUUGACGUGUGGGAUUGGUUGGCUUUCGCGGCAAUGCUGGGAAUAUCUGCUGGGAUUGGAGUGUUUUAUGCCAUCAAGGGACGCCGAGAAGCAUCUACGAACGAAUUUCUGAUGGGUGGACGAAACAUGUUACUGUUUCCGAUCGCCAUUUCUAUCCUUGUUUCAUUCAUGUCCGCCAUUUUGAUUUUGGGAACACCGGCAGAGAUGUAUAUGGAGGGAACUGAGUAUUUUCUGUAUGUUUUCGGAAUGAUUUUAGCUGUAAUCUUGGCAGCCUUGAUCUUUGUUCCUCUCCUUUACCCGCUCGAGCUCACCAGCUCAUUUGAGUACCUGGAGAGAAGGUUCGACUCUAAAGCAGCCAAGCUUACUGGAACUAUCAUGAUGAUACUGCAACAGGUGAUCUACAUGGGUAUUGCGUCCUACGCACCGUCGACAGCUCUGGAGGCAGUAACCGGGUUUCCUACCUGGGCGACCGUCAUUACAGUCGGAUGUGUUUCGACGUUUUACACUUUCCUGGGUGGAAUGAAGGCGGUAGUCUGGACUGAUGUAUUUCAGUCGCUAGUCAUGGUGGCAGGGAUACUCGCCAUUGUCAUACAGGGGUCAAUAUCGGUCGGAGGAUUGGAGAACGUUUGGCAAGUCAACAAAGAGUGGGACAGGAUCGAAUUCUUUGAUUUCAAUCCGGAUCCAACACAAAGACAUUCGUUUUGGUCCUUGGUGAUCGGUGGGAUGGUAGGGUGGACUGCUACCUAUGGAGUGAACCAAGCCUCGGUACAGAGGUACUGUGCCCUACCUACACUCAAAAAGGCAAAGGCGGCUGUUCUAUUAAACAUUAUCGGAGUGUUCAUCCUUGUCACGAUCACGUGUCUGGCCGGUAUCGUUGUGUUCGCCUAUUACGCAGAAAAGGGAUGUGACCCACUCUCUAACGGGGAUGUCUCUAAUUCUAACCAGAUUAUCCCAUUCUUUGUUAUGGAGAAACUUGGUUACCCCGGGUUACCUGGACUCUUCGUUGCUUGUCUCUUCAGUGGGGCGCUUAGUACCAUGUCCUCGUGUCUGAACGCCCUCUCUGCAGUCACGUGGGAGGAUAUCUUAAAACCGUGUCUCUAUAACUUGUCUGAACAGAAGAAAACUUGGGUAACAAGAAUUCUCGUUGUUCUGUACGGCGGUUGUGGUAUCGGGAUGUCUUUCAUGGCUAUGAACCUGGGAGGAACAGUGUUACAGGCCUCUUUAAGUUUUACUGGAGCCGCUUCAGGACCUCUUCUGGGAAUAUUUGUGCUUGGUGCCUUCUUCCCGUGGGCGAACUGGAUAGGGGCAGUGGUAGGCAGUAUAUUUGGCCUGGUACUGCCCAUGUGGAUAAGUAUUGGAGCUUACAGUGUCGUCGGUACCAAGUCAACGCUGCCAUUUCCUUCUGAUAAUUGUACUGUAGACAGCAUCUCAAACGUCACAACGAUGAUGACAACAACAGUUACCAUGGCAACGACGACCCUCGCACCUGUCCUGUACACAGUUUCGUAUCUUUGGUAUCCGUCGAUAGGGGCCGCCACUGUAGUGAUCAUUGGUCUCGUUGUCAGUUUUUGUACAGGAGCUAAUGGUACACAUGAUGUUGAUCCAAAAUAUCUGAUCCCGUUCUUUGACAGGAUAUUUUGUUGUCUGCCGAACGCCUUAUUACAAAAAUUACGGUGUAAUAUGGAAUUUCCAGAGCCAGAGGACAUCAACAAUGAUAAUUCUACUGUAAAGGAGGAAGUAGAGCCCGGAGUGACACUGACCCCUAUUACAACGGAAAAACCAGCCAAGAAGCCAGACCCGUCACCGAUAGCCUUAGUAGGAUAUAAACAAACUUCGGACAGAGAGAAUAUGUAUCCUCACCUCGAGGACUGUAACAGAGGCACUUAUGAAUAUAUCAAUAGUGCUUAUACACUAAAUUAA